UCAAUGUCAGUAGGGGCAUCUGAACAAGAUUCAACAUUCAACAGCAGCUGUUCAACAAGGCAACCGAGCAAGGGUGACGGAGCGACUCACUUUUCUUUUGCGAAGCCACCAUAAAAUAAGAUUCGCAACAACAACAACACUACCAGUAGCUAGCCACAAAUAGCUCGCCACAACUCGACUGAAGUCAAGUCAAGUCUAACUCCAUCCAUCCAUCAGUCUGUUGCUAUCAUACCGCACUAGUACCAGUAGACUAACUAAGAGUUCUUACUGGUCUCUGCAAGAUGGGAGAAUCAGAAGAGCUUUCUCCUUCCGCUGAGCCCUCGGUGGGUCCCGCUGUCGCUAGUACAAACUGUACGGCUGCUGCUACUACUAGUAGUAUCGAUGAUGCUGAGUCUCUAGCGCUUAUUCCUAGUAUCAGUGCUGUCAACAGCAAAGACGAAGAGGCUGAUGCUACCGUUACCAAUGCUACCGCUGUUACGACUAUGCAUAUGCAUACCAGCGAAAAGGAAGAAGAAGACAAGGAGAGUUGUUCAAACAGAACCGCUGGCUUAUUGGGUCCAGGAAUUCACCUUCAGAAUAAGAUUAGGGUUGCUGCUAUUGACUCCCACGCCAAGUCGAACCAAGAGCCGGACAGCGAGGCAAAAGCCAUUGCCGAGCACUACCAAGACAAAGCUACUGAUAGUAUUAUGCAUACUGAUAGUAUUGCUAGCACUACUAGCCAGGGUGGCGUGACCAAUGCUAGCCUUGGUGCCAGUACCAGCAGUCAACCAGGAGCAUACGCAGUAGUUCAUCAAGCACGGGGAGAUCGCCGUGCGGUUCCUCCCGCAUCUGGAAACAAUGUGGUAUCAUCUGCUACUAGUAACACCAGUGUAAGGACUACAGCCACCAGUACGGAAACACAAGAAGAACUAUUCCGUCAAGUGCAAGCUCAAGAACAAGAUCAGGAACCACCCAGUAUGCAAGUAGUGGUAGAAACUGGUACGACUUCAGCAGCAGUCCAAGAGAUUGUGGAGGCUUUGUUGGUUUCGGAUCCUCCCAAGGGAUUUGACAAUUGCCAAAUCUGCAUGACGGCAUGCGACAGUGGCAAGGGCUGGCAAGCCUGCAAGGAUCAGUGCGUUCCCGACGCCACCUUUUCCUGUCACAAUGACACGUUAGGCUCCAUGAAAACGGUGCAGGAGUACGCAGACUUUAUUGCCUUGUUUGGCAAAGCGUGUCCCAAUGCCACAUGGACCACUCAUGAUGUUUUCUGGGAUGGGACCACACACACGGCAUUCUUUCAUUGCACCUAUCAUGUCACUCACACAGUGGCAGUGCCGGGGUUGGGACCCCAAACACCCACUUGCAAAUCAUCCAAUGCCAAUUACUGCUACAUCAUCAAGACAGAUCCCAAUCGUGACGGAAAGAUUACUCAUGUACAAAAGCUAUGGAAUGAUACCUGGUUGCUACGAGACUUGGGAUGGAUUGGCGGUGAAGAUGACAACGACAAGAGCAGCAGCAAAGCGGACGGCACCAAGGAACAGGACCAACAACCCGCCGCUCUGGUUGAGAGCUCCACGGAUGGUUCCACGUGUUAUGCAAAAGAAAGAGGACAACAGCAACACACGAAACGAUCCAAGCGUAGGGUUUGGGGCCGUUUACGAAAGGCCCUUGGCAUGCCUUCGUCCUCGUUCACAAAGAACAAAAGAAGCUGCAGCACGACAGACACAACUCGGCUUUCGUUGUCAUGAGAGAGUACCGUACCUCCGGGGACGGCGUUGUCAGCAGUCUUGUGGUUCCAAUAGCUCAGAUUUGACUAUAGUGGUGUUCCUAUUUGGUAGUCCUGUAACAUGGUACCAUAUCCUGUCUACUAGUACUUCGUUGUUGCUACUUUCACAUCCUUGUAUCUUUAAUCGUAAUCUACUAUUCGCUAGCUCGUUGCGUUGGUGGUGCUGCUGCAUUGGUGCCACCGCAGAAGGCGCCUGCUUUCCAAUUGUAAUCAGGUGCUCCAUGAACUCGUUUGUUUCGUUUGCGUUGUCGGCGAAUUCCUCGUCUGCUGCUCUUGCUGUUGGCGCUAAAGGUUGAUGAGAAGGAAUUCUCCAUAUCUUGCUCCGAUCGUUGCGACAAUCGUUGCUUCUGUCCCACCUUGCGGCUAUGAGUGCUUCCAUGAAUACUAUUGCCAUGAAGUUGGUUGUCCUGAAAGAUAUUCAAUGCCUCUCUUAGCACUUGGGUACUCUGAGCGUCUCUGGACGCCCAACCGGAGCGAAGUUCCAUGAGCACGGGCGAAUGAUCCGUCUGAAUAGGAGCACUGGCAAUUUGGAUGCUAAAGAUAUCAGCAUCAUUUUGAAUGUGUUUGAGAGCCUGAUGCACAAGACUUGCCUCACUAUCGGCCGGGAUUUGCACGGUGGCUUUCCAGGUCAACUUGCCGUGGCACCACUCAAAGGGACAGAAACUUGCCGUGCUCUCGUAGUGUCUCAUCAUUUGGUUUUUGGCUUGCUGCCACUGCUCCAAUUCCUGCAGCUCCAAAUGAUCCACAAACUCUACCGAUUCCCACUCUCGCCUGGUCCGGUGGAGUUUUCUACUGGUAGUGUCGUUGCUUAGCAAGAUGUCGUGGAUCAGGGGCAAAACGUUACCAUGGUGAGCUUUUCCGCUGUGGACCAGGCCUUCUACCUCCAAGCGAGUGACACUCCCAUUGAAUUUGACCAUGUUCAGUUGAGCCGACACAAAGUCCACGCUCACAUCCUUGGACGCCAAAACGUUCGUAGUGGUUGUAGUGCUGUUCAUGAUGUUUGUCUCUCAAGAAACAAAUUGUGAGCCAAUGCAACAGGAAACGGUCGUACGUUCAAGCAGGUGGUGGUACUUCCGUUCAGUACCGAGUGCUAAUCCAGUCAUGCCACAGGGAUCCCAGUGAUGACAGCGAAACUUGUUUGCAGGUUUGCUUUGGCAAGAUCAACUACCAGGU